UUAAAACACGUUUCAUAUAAGCCAAGGACAGAGCCAAAGGAUCUUUUCCCAUUCUUCUGUUUGUCGGUUUUCUGAGAAAUUAAGACCAGAGAACAAUGGCGUUUACGGGGACAUUGGACAAAUGCAAGGCAUGUGACAAGACUGUGUACGUGAUGGACAUGUUAACGUUGGAGGGCAUGCCUUAUCACAAGUCCUGCUUCAGAUGCAGCCAUUGCAAUGGCACUCUCGUGAUCAGCAACUACUCCUCCAUGGACGGAGUUCUGUACUGUAAGCCCCACUUUGAGCAGCUCUUCAAAGAAUCUGGCAAUUUCAGCAAGAACUUCCAAGCAUCUGGAAAGACCGACAAGCCCAACGAUGCGCAGCCGCCGACAAGGGCUCCGAACAGGUUAUCGUCCUUCUUCAGCGGAACACAAGACAAAUGUGCGGCUUGUCAGAAGACCGUUUACCCUCUCGAAAAGAUGACGUUGGAGGGAGAGAGCUACCACAAGACGUGCUUCAGGUGCGCACACAGCGGCUGCUCACUCACGCACUCUUCCUACGCGGCUCUGAACGGCGUCUUGUACUGUAAGGCCCACUUCAGUCAGCUGUUCCUUGAGAAGGGCAGUUACAAUCACGUCCUCCAGUCGGCUAACCACCGCCGCACCGCCUCCUCCUCCUCCACUCCUCCCGAGCCGGCCGACCAUGACCACGACCCGGACCAUGACCAGAACAAACCCACUGCGGGAGAUGGCGGUGAAGACGCCGGAGAGUCACCGUCAGCCACCAAGACCGAGGAACAGGACCCAACAGCCGGCGAGUCUUGAACAUCUCGGGCUGAAUCCGGUCACCGUUUUCCACGGAAUCUGAGUUUUUUUUUUUGUGGGAUUUGUUAAAGUUUGAUGCUUUAUAUGGAUUUGCUUUAUACGAAUAUGUAUACCCCGAUGAUAAUUUCCAUUUCUUUUUUUUGUAAACCGAUUAUAAUGAUUUGUUCAUUCUUUUA